CUGGAUGAAACACAUUUGAUGCUAGUAGUUAAAGUUAUACUUAGCAUUUUAAGUCGUCUGUUUUGUUGAGUUUAAUAAGUGGUUCCGCGGUUUAAAACAGUUUAAGAUACAUUUGGGUGCUUCUGUGAUUGAAUUCAUUCAUUUCCAUGUUUAGUACGGCGCACCACACCUGAGAAAUUCUACAUCGAGGCUUGUGACGAUGGAUCUGUGGACGUUCUGGUCAUCGAUAGGGUGUCGACGGAGAUGACUCUCACAGUGAAGCGGGAGGUUCCUGCAUCAGCUGAGACCAGGCCAAUAUGUGGACUCAUGGGGACGCUGCGUUUGGUGGCAGGCAUGUACCUGAUCGUCAUCACCAAGAAGACCAAAGUGGGGGAUCUACUUGGCCAUGCCGUGUGGAAGGCUGUGGAUUUUGACAUCAUCUCCUACAAGAAGACAAUAAUCCAUCUAACAGACAGCCAGAUGCAAGACAGCAAGACAUAUUUGUCCAUGAUCAACAGUGUCAUUCAUACAGACAGCUUCUACUUUGCAACAGACUACGACCUGACGCACACACUGCAACGGCUGGCCAACACCAGUCCUGAAUUUCAGGAGAUGAGCCUCCUGGAGAGGGCAGAUCAGCGUUUUGUGUGGAAUGGCCACCUGUUGAGGGAAUUCUUUGCACAACCAGAGUUACACAAGUUUGUAUACCCCGUCAUCCACGGCUUCAUCGUCAUGAAAUCCAGUUGUAUCAACGGGAAAGUGUUUGACUGGAGUAUUAUCUCCCGGAGGAGCUGCUUCAGAGCAGGGGUACGAUACUAUGUCCGAGGGAUUGAUACCGAAGGCCAUGCUGCAAACUACGUGGAGACGGAGCAGAUUGUGCAGUACAACAGCGCCAAGGCAUCUUUUGUUCAGACAAGAGGCUCAAUCCCCUUCUACUGGUCCCAAAGGCCCAACCUGAAGUACAAGCCAAGACCACAGAUAAGCACAACAAUCAAUCAUUUGGAUGGAUUCCAGAGGCACUUUGACUCGCAGAUUAUUCUUUAUGGGAAACAGGUCAUUUUGAACUUGAUCAACCAGAAGGGCUCAGAAAAGCCACUGGAGCAGGCGUUUGAAAAGAUGGUGGCCUGCUUGGGAAACGGCACCAUCAAGUACAUCGCUUUUGACUUCCACAAGGAGUGCAGUAGGAUGAGGUGGCAUCGCCUCCAACUCUUGAUGGACAUGGUUGGCGAAAUCCAGGAGGAGUUUGGGUACUUCCUGGUGGAUUCAGAUGGGAAGGUGCUGUUAAACCAGGAGGGGACAUUUCGCAGCAACUGCAUGGACUGCCUGGACCGCACCAAUGUCAUUCAGAGUCUGCUGGCCAGACGCUCUCUGCAAUCACAGCUACGGAGACUAGGGGUCCUACACACGAACCAGCAAAUUGAGGAUCAAGCAGACUUUGAAAAGAUGUACAAGAAUGCUUGGGCAGACAAUGCAGACGCGUGUGCCAAACAAUAUGCCGGCACUGGAGCCUUGAAGACGGACUUUACCAGGACAGGCAAGAGAACUCAGUGGGGACUGCUGAUGGAUGGCUGGAACUCGAUGAUCCGAUAUUACAAAAACAACUUCUCCGAUGGCUUUAGACAGGACUCGAUCGACCUGUUUCUUGGCAACUUUGCUGUUGACGAAGCCGACACCAUGACGCCACUGCGCGAGCCCAAAGAUUGGAAGUUUUUGACCUUGCCGAUAAUCAUGGUGGUGGCGUUCUCCAUGUGUAUCAUCUGCUUGCUAAUGGCUGGCGACACGUGGACGGAGACUUUGGCUUACGUUCUGUUCUGGGGAACGGCCAGCGUGGUGACGGGCGGUGUGAUCCUCUUCAACGGGCGGGAGUUUGUCGAUGCUCCAAAGCUGGUGCAGAAAGAGAAGCUGGACUGAAUGUGUGUGUGUGGAAAGCAGCUCUGCCCUGGUGAGAUCACCACCUCGUCAUCGCUUUACCCCCGGCAACACCACCACCAUCAUCAUCAUCAUCAGCAGGCCUGGAGCCUGUACUAGCACAGACAGGGUGGAGGCGAGGAAGGUGAGGAGGUCAGCUGCUGCUAUCCACACUGCUACGAUACUCAAAUCUGCACAUAGGUGUUUAUGUACACUGAACCUCUGGGGGGUUCAUGUACUCAGAAAGUACUUCACGGGGAAUAUCAGUGGAUGUAUACAACAUCUCCACUGUCUGAUUUUUCUUAAAACUGUCCUUCCCCUUGGCGUAUAGUGUAUUGAUUACUCGGGGGAAUGACUAAGCAUUGUACAGUUGAAAUGAUGCAAGCCUCAUUGUAAAUCGCAGUUGCUUUAUUGCUAACUACCGCAGGUGUAUGACGUUUAAAAUAAAUAGAAUUUACAAUCAGGCUUCAAUCAUUUUGUGUUCGGGAAAUGAUGAUUCCGACAUUUAAAGAAUAACAAUGUGGUGCUGAAUGUAAACAAUGCCCCACUUUUGCAGUACAUGUACCAUAUUAGGGUCGGGUGAUGGGUGACAUGGACCUUAGCAUAGCUUAGCAUCACGAUAGUUUGGGGCUAUAUCACGAUAUGAUAAUAUAAAUCCUGAAUUUAACAUGUAUUAUAUAUAUAUAUAUAUAUAUAUAUAUAUGGGCGGCACGGUGGUCUAGGGGUUAGCGCACAGACCUCACAGCUAGGAGACCAGGGUUCAAUUCCACCCUCGGGCAUCCCCGUGCAUGCGUGGGUUUUCUCCGGGUACUCCGGUUUCCUCCCACAUUCCAAAAACAUGCUAGGUUAAUUGGCUACUCCAAAUUGUCCAUAGGUAUGAAUGUGAGUGUGAAUGGUUGUUUGUCUAUAGUAUGUGCCCUGUGAUUGGCUGGCGACCAGUCCAGGGUGUACCCCGCCUUACGCCCGAAGACAGCUGGGAUAGGCUCCAGCACCCCCCGCGACCCUCGUGAGGAAAAGCGGUAGAAAAUGAAUGAAUGAAUGAAUAUAUAUAUAUAUAUAUAUAUAUAUAUAUAUAUGAGACAUAGUUGUUAUGCAACAAUCCAACGCACAUUUGAUUUGGGUUGAUGGGCAUUAUGACAUUUAUGAUAACAUUUCUAUUUCCACCCCUGUUCAAAAGUAUUCAUACCCUUGUCCUCCUGAAGUAUAAAGUCAUCUGUUUUUCAUUGCUUAAGUAUUUUUCUACUUGUAAAAUGUGUCUUGUUGGUCCCCUCAAUGUUAUUCAACAAAUCCAAGUAAACAUUAACGAUAAAUUGAGGGGAUUGGUGAGGUCACUUUCAGUUUGAAAUCAUCGCCAGAUUCUCCACCAUGGUCAAGGAGAAAGAACUGAGUGAGGACCUGAGGUUGCGUAUUGUGGAUGAACACAAGGAUGGUUUGGGCUACAAAGCAAUAUCCAAGCAGGGGUCUCAAACUCAAUUUACCUGGGGGCCACUGGAGCUAGGGUCUGGGUGAGACUGGGCCGCAUCAAGUUUUCCAAAAAAAAAAAAAAAAAACGCAUUUAUUAAAAACAGAAAAAUGAAUAAACUUUGCUUUGGUUCCGAUUUUCUACAAGAAAAGCUCUGAUAAAACAUUCCACUGUUCUCAAAUAUCUUAAUUUUUAUUUUUCUGCACAAAAUAAGAUGAAAAUAAAUAAACAAAUCAAGAAUAAAGAAAAUCAAUCAAUCAGUAAUAAAUAAUAAUAAUAAUAAUAAAACGGCAAAUAAUAAAAACUUAAGAAACCACAUAUAGUUGUUGGGUAGACAAAUUUUUUUUUUAUUAAAAUGAACAAAGCAUUAUUAGAGCCCUGUAGACAUGACAAAACACGACUAUAGUCACAUUUAUACUCUUUUUAUUUACAACAUAUUGCGCAACUGCAGGGUCUUGAGACACAUGCUAACUCACAAACUAGAGAGCUAGCGACCUAAACGGUAGCCUUCAAGUUAUUUCCUUUAAACUUAAAUAGCCAAAAACUUACCACUUCCACACGGAUAGGGAGGAUAACUAUUAACAGUUAUUUAACCUUUAACAUGAACAUGAAUCAAACGUAAUAAUUUUUUCUGGGUACAUGAUACCAUACAGCAUCCAUAUCAAACUUGCGCGGGCCGCACUAACAUUAAACUUUCAUAUCAAGGCGGGGGCCUCGAACUAGUGUCCUAGGGCCGCGUGUUUGAGACCCCUGGUCCAGAGCAUCAUUAAGAAGUAUAAAGAAUUCCACACAGUGAAGCACCUGAGAAGACCUGGAAGGAAGCCCAAAGUCUCACCCAGGCAGGCGAGAAAAUUGGUACGGGCCGCCACCAUUAACUCCCAUAUCACCACCAAGGAGAUGUUGCGUGACCUGGGUGACGAGGGAAGCAAUAUCUCAAGACAGACACUCACUCCAGAGGACAUUGAAUAGGGCAGGACUCAAUGGACGGUGACCACGCAAGACUCUACUCCUCAAACCCAACCACACAAGAGCACGUCUGGACUUCACCAAAAAACACCUAGACGAAGCCAAGGCAUUUUGGUCGUCAAUUCUGUGGUCAGAUGAGAUGAAGAUGGAGCUCUUUGGCCGCAGAGAUGUUGUUUACGUUUGGCGAAAGAAGGGUGAAGCUUUCAAACCAAAGAACACGGUGCCAACUGUUAAGCAUGCAGAAGGAAGCAUAAUGCUGUGGGGCUGUUUCUCGGCGAGUGGGACGGGGAACCUCAUUAAGGUGGACGGCAUCAUGCGGAAGGAACAGUAGACCAUCCGGCAGUCUGCUGCAAAACUUGGUUUAGGGCCACAUUGGCUCUUCCAACAAGAUAACGACCCCAAACAUACCGUCAAAAAAUGGUUUGAGGACAAUGAAAUUAUUGUUUUGGAGUGGCUAAGCCAAAGCCCGGACCUCAACCCUAUCGAAAAUCUGUGGCGGGAACUCAAGGUCAAGGUCAGUGCAAGGACGCCAUCCAAUCUGAAGGACCUGGAGAGAAUUUCAGAGGAGAAAUGGGCCAAAAUCCCUGUGGAAACGUGUCGGAACCUGGUAGUCAACUACAGGAGACGUCUUGAAUCUGUAAUUGCAAACAAAGGCGAUGCCAUUGACCAGGGGUCUCAAACUCAAUUUACCUGGGGGCCACUGGAGCUAGGGUCUGGGCGAGGCUGGGCAGCAUCAGGUUUUCUGAAAAAAAAUAAAAAUAAAAAACACAAUUAUUAAAAACAGAAAAAUAUACAAACUUUUUCAGUGCUUUGGUUCCGAUUUUCUACAAUAAAAGCUCUGAUAAAACAUUCCACAGUUCUCAAAUAUCUUAAUUUUUAUUUUUCUGCACAAAAUAAGAUGAAAAAUAGAUAGAUAGAUAGAUAGAUAGACUCCCUUUAUUGUCAUUGCACAAAAACACAGUAGUGAAAUUGCCAACGAAAUGUCGUUGCCUGGCUCCCAUAUAAUAACAGACACAAAAGAAGCUAAGUGAUAAUAAAUAAUAAUAAUAAUAAUAAUGUGGAGAAUAAAUAGAUAGAAUAAAUAAUAAAGAAUAAAUAAAUAAGCAAAUCAAGAAUAAAGAAAAUCAAUCAAUCAAUAAUAAAUAAAUAGUCGGGGGCCUCAAACUAGUGUCCUGCGCGCCACAUUUGGCCCUUCUAUAUCGGACUCGGAUAUAUCGGAAAUUCGCUC